AGACCACCUGCACGCUACGCUCAGCUAACGGUCUACCCAAGUUACAUCAUAAAGAGCCGCUAAACUGCCCGGGGUAAGUGGGGCUUCUAAAGUUUAGGAGGUAACGGUUAGUAUUGUAGUAUUUAACAUUUCUAGCAUCUCCCGCCAUCAUUAUCAGCACAUAUUAACCCCCGAAUCCCUGGACAGCUGGAAUCUUAUCAGCGAAGCUUUCGAGCUCCCGCGUUUGCUUGCUUCAAAAACAUCGAAGCAUAUCAUUCGUAGCCUCGUCGCUCCCCAAGUUUAAAAUUUCCGAGCUUCCAUCCAUAACAUUCCUAACGUCCCAGGAAGCGUAUACAUAUAAGUCAAUUUUACUAGUCGCAACAAUAUGAUUUGAGUCUGAACAGAGUGUUCCUGCGAAGGUACCACUUGGGGGAAGUGAUACCUCAACAAUGGAUCGUCACGCAACACCGCCGUUUAUGCUACGGCUCUUUUAUCGAACCGGCGCAUUUCACAGACCCGAUGAGUUCAAUACGUCGCAGCUCCCACCGCAUAUGCCAAUAUAUACCUGGCCCGACUGCACCUUAACGGAGCUUACUUAUAUCAUCGCUGCCUUGAAGCCGUCUCUCGUCCCUGACCCGGCCAUCGGCACCCGUUUCGCAUUCCGCCUCAUCUUCCCAGACACGCGGAACACCUCAGGCCCGACGUCGUCCAAGUACACUGUUAAAGACUUAGGCAGCGUGAUAGUUGGUAACGGGGGACGAGGAUUGGACCCUGACGACCCGGAGGCUGAGAAGACGCUCGACUCUGAAGGCGAUAAGACUCUAAAGGAGGCUAGGUUUGUCGUCGGUGAUUUUAUAUCGUGCGCCAUCCUCCCUCCCCUACCAGACGGUUCCGUUGCCCCUGUUUCUAGCGCAAGGGUUGGACGCAGUGCCGGUGCUAGCGAGCCCAGGGCAGCUGUAGGUCGUACCCCUAGUAGCUCCUUCAGCAGAAGAGAACAGGAGAACGGGCUCGACCGCUCUGGUAGACUAAGGAAUAGCGGGAGGGGAUACGACGGGUUUGGGAGUCGUGGUAGCAUACCGAUGGGCGAAUGGAGGAGAGGAGAACGAUUACCUGAGUCGCCCCCUGCAGGACGUGGUAGAGGGACAAGACGGACGUAGGACGCGGUCCUGGUAGAGACAACAGUGUCUUUUGGAAAGUGGUUAAGAUAAGAUCAAUAACAUAUUUGGCGGUAACAGACAAAAUAUGGUAUAGAUACUGUCCCAUGCGGACUUAUAACAAAGUGAGUUGUUCCGACUCCGCAAUGUCUCACUCGUUAUCUUCUAGCCCCGUGUAUUUACUGAUUUCGAUGCAAGCAGGUCGUCCUGUCUUGGCUCUCAUGGCGGACGCAAAUUGAUACCCGAAUGCUCCCGAGUGUUCAGCAAGGAAGUGAUUGUGUAUAGAUACCCUUCAAAAUUGUCUUGCAACUUGUUUCUGCUUUCCAGUUUUUACGGUGUGCAUUUUCAGGGCUAUAGAUGGGGGGAGAACGGGCAAUCAAGGAAGCAUAUUUGAAAAGUUUGGUUUGCGGUUGCUAUUUUAUCUAACUAAUAGUAUACGUUAGUAUCAAUUUGACUGGUUUUCGCUUUGAA